AUGGGGUUCUUUGGUGCGGAAUAUGCAUCAGCACAACAAACAUAUUUCCUGGACCCAACGUUUGAUCCUGGGACAGGUCUUAACAGUGACUCCUUUAACGGAGAGGUACAACCAGACCAAAAACUUGUAUUACCUGGUGCUUUUACACAAUACAACGGAACUACUGCAAAUCGUAUUGUACGUAUCAAUACUGACGGUACCAUCGACAGCACUUUUGCUACUAAUGUGGGAACCGGUUUUAACAACACAACGUAUGGUGUGACCAUACAACCAGACGACAGUACUACGGUAACUAUCGAUCGUACUGCUCCAACCAUCUCCCUCACUUCACUCGGAGGAGACACAGGAGCUCCCUAUGUUACCAAUGACACCACUCCAGAUGUAGUAUUUGCUACCACUGCAGGUGACACCGUAACUAUCGCUGGCUACACAUGUACCCCUACUCCUGCAACAGGAGCAAGUGUUACUUGUACCAAAGACGCUCCAGCAUAUGCAUCAGGAACUCAAUCAAUCACUCCUACCAUCACUGAUGCAGCAGGGAACAGUACUACCGGUUCAGCUAUCUCAUUUGAUGUAGUAACUACUACAGCUACUCCAACCACAGCUCCUGACCUCCAGUCAGCUUCAGAUCUUGGUACUUCAGCUACUGACAACAUCACCUCUGACAACACACCAACCUUUGAUGUAGUAUGUUCUGCAGUAGGUUCUGUGGUAAAAAUCUACUCUAACCAACCAGCUGCUAACACACUCGUAGCUACUCAUACCUGUACAACAACAGCAGCAGAGGCAGUAACCGUCUCUACACUCUCUGAUACUACUCACAGUAUUACCUAUACUGAAACUGUAUCACCAGCUACUGAGUCUCUACACUCUCCAUCACUUUCAGUAACCGUAGAUACAGCGGCUCCGAGUACUCCAACUACAGCACCAGAUCUCCAAACUGGAUCAGAUACAGGGUCAUCAUCAACUGACAACAUCACCUCUGACAAUACACCAACACUGGAUGUAACCUGUAGUGCUAUCGAGACACAGACGGGUCUCCUUUAUCAGAGGACAGCCACUAAUAAAAUCACUGUUUCCAGUGGUGGGCAGCAGAUAGAGAUUACACCGACAGGUUUUGAGGUAACAAAGUUUGAGAGUGUUGCACUAGGAACAGAGCAAGUACAGUACCACGCAGAGCGAUAUCAUACUCAUGAUGAUCCUGAAAUCUCUGACCAGGCUUAUGAUGCCCUGGUGCGAGAACUCAGAGAACUCGAGGAGGAAUACCCAGAAUUUAAAAUAACUGAUACAGAUAAAAAAUCAGUAACCGAAAAAGUCGGAGGCAAGAUCCUUGAUGGUUUCGAGAAAACACAGCACGUACUACCACAGUGGUCAUAUGACAAUGUUUUUGGUAUGGAUGAACUCUCACAAUGGGAUGAACACAUGUGGACCAGUAAACGACACCACCAGGAGUACGAUAUCGACGGCGUGGUGAUAAAGUUGGACGAUGUAGAUUUGCGAGAGCCACUGGGAUACACGGCAAAGUCUCCACGUUUUGGUGUGGCGUAUAAAUUCCCGGCAGAGGAGGUGACGACCGUGGUAGAGGAUAUCGACAUACAGGUAGGCCGCACGGGAGUACUCACUCCUGUGGCACACCUCCGUCCAGUCCAGGUAGCUGGAUCGGUCGUGUCACGCGCAACACUGCACAAUCAGGACGAGAUUGACCGACUGGAUGUAUGUAUUGGUGAUACAGUAAUCCUCCGCAAAGCAGGCGACAUCAUCCCAGAGAUUGUUCAGGUGUUACCAGAAUUUCGCACAGGGGUUGCGGGAUCGUUUGUGGAUUAUAUGACCGAUGCAGAGCGAGGGGAAAUAGUGAGGGAGUUGUUGGAUAUAUUAAAGAUUAAAAUCCCAUCCCCAACCCUUCCCGAAGGGAAGGGGGUUACACCAAAGAAACUCGAAGGGAAAAUAUUCGUAUUAACCGGAACUCUCCCAACACUCUCGCGGGACCAGGCACGGGAUAUGAUUAAAUCCGCUGGUGGCAAGGUAUCGUCCAGCGUGUCAUCUAAAACAGACUAUAUCCUCGCAGGGUCCGACCCAGGGAGUAAUAGUGAUAUCGAUGUGCGGAUUGAUACAGCGCAGCAAAUGAUCGACAACGGUACUGCCAGUGUACUGACUGGGAUACCAUAUGCCGUAAAAGACAACAUAUUAAUACAGGGACAUAUCGCCAGUGCAUCAUCUAAAAUGCUCGAAAACUAUACUGCCAGUCAUAGUGCAACUGUGAUUAACAAGCUCGACGCAGUAGGAGCUGUCGCGAUAGGACGCACAAACAUGGAUGAGUUCGCCAUGGGAUCAAGUACCGAGAACAGUGCUUACGGUCGCACGAAACACCCGCUUGACCCGACUCGUGUACCAGGUGGUUCAUCAGGAGGGUCUGCUGCGGCAGUACUUGCUGGAUGUGUCGCCUUUACCUUGGGGACUGAUACUGGGGGAUCAAUUCGUCAACCAGCAGCAUUCUGUGGUAUUGUUGGACUGCAUCCGACGUAUGGAUCAGUAUCACGUCAUGGAGCUAUUGCACUGGCUUCAUCAAUGGACCAGAUAGGACCUAUAGCAAAGACAACUUCUGAAGUACAGGCAAUCUUUGAUGUUAUGGUAGGACCUGAUACAGAUCAUGAUAACCAAUCCAGAGAAAUAGUUAAAAUAGAUAAAAAACCACAGACUAUCGAAGUUUCUACAAACCUCUCUCGGAUGGAUGGUGUACGUUUUGGGCUACGUAGUGGUGAUACAAACUUGAAAAACCUGUACGGAUCAUCGCGUGCUGAUGGUUUUGGUCCGGAGACUACUCGACGUAUCAUGCUCGGAGUUGACCUGAUCCUGACUCCCACAACACCAACGACUGCUUUUACCGCAGGUGAUAAGUCAGAUCCAGUGGCGAUGUAUUUUGCGGAUAUUUUUACCGCGGGAGUAAACCUGGCACAGGUCCCAGCUAUUAGUGUACCAUCAGGGUACGAUGAGAGCGGACUGACGUUUGGUAUCCAAGCCAUCGCUCCUGCAGGAGGAGAGUCACAACUGUUCCAGUGGGGCAGGCCUGGAGGGGGUAAUGGUGGCGCUGGAGGGUCUGUGUACGCUCUGGCUAUUUCUGAUGUCUCAUACCUGGAUUACUAUCGCCACAGUAAAAAAUUCCAGGCACAAAACGGAGACCCAGGAGAUAACUUUAGUUGUCAGGGAUCAAAACCUCUUUCAUGCUACGAUAGGCUUAUUAUGGCUAAAAAACCUCUUAAAAAAUCAUCAGAUAAUAUCGUUAUCCGUGGGGCGCGUACGCAUAACUUGAAAAAUAUUGACGUGACCAUACCGCGAGGCAGUAUGACAGCUAUUACCGGGCUUUCAGGGUCUGGUAAAUCCUCUCUGGCUUUCGAUACGAUAUUUGCUGAGGGACAGCGUCGUUAUGUGGAGUCACUCUCUGCAUAUGCCAGACAAUUCCUGGGUAACAUGCCGAAACCUGACGUGGACGAGAUUACAGGACUCUCUCCUGCAAUUGCCAUCGAUCAAAAAACUGGUGGCACCAGUAGUCGUUCGACCGUGGCAACGAUCACUGAGAUAUAUGAUUAUCUACGUGUACUGUAUGCACGCGUAGGUAAACCAUACUGUGUGGAGUGUGGACGUAAAAUAGAAAAGCUUUCUACUGAGGAAAUCAUUAACUUUGUCACCGAUAAAAUCAAUCAAUUUAAAGAUACCCACAAAGGUCAGAAAAAAAUCCUCGGAGUGAGUUUUAAUGAUACACCAGUAUACAUCAUGGCGCCCGUAGUACGUGGACGUAAGGGGGAAUACUAUCAAUUGCUCUACGAUAUGCUUGGCAAGGGGUUUUCUCGUGCUCGUAUUAACGGUACCGUGCACUCACUACGUGAGAAAAUUGUUCUGGAAAAAAACUCUAAACAUGACAUCGAUUUUAUUAUCGAUGAAAUUGCGGUACAUGAAUUUAUCGAUGAUCCGAAACUUGCCGGAGAGAGACUUGCCGAGGCAGUAGAGCUGGCACUCACAGAAUCCGAAGGAAUGGUACGCGUAGUGUUCGGUGAUGCAACCGUGACUGAUACGUAUACUCCAGAGGAAUUCCUCAUGUCGAGUAAUUUUUCGUGUCCGCAUGACGGAUUCUCGUUUCCUGAUAUUGAACCGAGACUGUUUUCAUUUAAUAGUCCGUACGGUGCCUGCCCAGAGUGUAAUGGACUGGGGACGUAUCAUUUGUUUGGUAAUGACAACGAUGAUGUUUGUAAAGUAUGUAACGGUAGUCGACUACGUCCAGAAGCACUCCAUGUAUUCCUCCAUGGUAAAACAGAGAGCGCUCAGGUAACAGAUAAAAAUCGUGAUGAGUUCGUAAAUAUUGUGGAUAUUACCGAUAUGACUAUUGAACAAGCGGUAGAUUUUUUUGCAGACUUGGAACUAUCUCCCAAGGAUCGUACCAUAGCAUCAGUAGUACUCAAGGAAAUAGAAGACCGUCUGGUGUUUAUGCACGAUGUGGGACUGGCAUACCUGACGCUCUCACGUAAAUCCAACACCCUCUCAGGAGGUGAGGCGCAGCGUAUACGCCUGGCAUCACAGCUCGGGUCGCAAUUGGUGGGUGCAUUGUACGUAUUGGAUGAGCCGACCAUUGGACUACAUCAACGUGAUAAUGAGCGAUUGAUACAUACACUCGAAUCACUCCGUGAUCUGGGUAAUACGAUCAUCGUGGUAGAACAUGACGAGGAUACUAUAUUUGCUAGUGAUUAUAUCGUGGAUAUUGGUCCUGGUGCAGGGGUACACGGCGGUAAUGUCAUUGUCCAAGGAAACUUGCAGGAAUUACUUGCAGGUAAAAACAAGGAACAGUCUCUCACGAUAGAUUACCUGCAGGGUACGGCCCGUGUCGAGAUACCACGUGAUAGGCGUGAUAAUGACAAGGGAUGGAUUAAUAUCGAGGGAGCGACUAUUCACAGUUUAAAAAACCUGAAAGUCUCUGUUCCAUUGGGUCGUAUGACAACCAUCACGGGUGUAUCGGGUAGUGGUAAAUCGACUUUUAUGUACGAAGUACUGUAUAAGAAUCUCCAGGGAUUACUAGAGCGUCGGACUCGCACCGCAAAGGUGUACAAUGCGAGUAAAUUUGAAAAAACAGGCGAGGUGUCUCGCGUAAUCAUGAUUGAUCAAUCAUCUAUUGGUCGUACAUCACGAUCAAAUCCUGCAACCUAUACAGGAACAUGGACAUUUGUGCGUGAUCUGUUUGCAGCAACUACGGAGUCACGCGUACGCGGAUGGGGACCAGGAAGGUUUAGUUUCAAUGUAAAGGGCGGACGUUGUGAAGCAUGUCAGGGUAAUGGUGAGAUUGCAGUAGAAAUGCACUUUCUCCCAACAGUGUACGUAACCUGUGAUGUAUGUAUGGGUAAACGUUUUGACAAGGAAACCCUCAAGGUAGAAUACAAACCUGCAAAAGAAAAGAAAGGUAAAAAUAUUUACCAAAUACUUGAAAUGACCAUCGAGGAAGCAUAUGACUUUUUCUACGACAUACCUGCUAUUGCAGAUCGUAUGCGGUCACUGCUGGAUGUAGGGCUUGGAUAUAUUAAACUCGGUCAACCAUCGAACACCCUCUCAGGAGGGGAGUCACAGCGUGUUAAAAUAUCAUCAGAAUUGUAUCGUCCGAUGACUCAGAAAACUAUUUACCUCCUGGAUGAGCCAACCGUAGGGCUGCAUUUCGAAGACGUGCGUAAACUCAUUGAGGUGCUUCAGAAACUUGUUGACAGAGGAGGAAAUACCGUCGUGCUGAUUGAACACAAUCUCGAUGUUAUCAAGUGUGCCGACUAUCUGAUAGACUUUGGUCCUGAGGGUGGUAUCGGUGGCGGACAUAUCAUCGCCAAGGGUACCCCAGAGGAGGUUGCAAAUAAUCCAGACAGUCACACAGGGAAAUAUCUUAAGAAAGUUUUGAAAAAGAAAUAG